AUGGAACUACAGGCCUGUCAGCCUGAUCUCAAUAACAAGGAAGGUCUUGGAGUUUAUCAUAUGGAGUGUGAUCACAAGGCACAACCAGAGUUCAUGAAAGUCAGGUCAUGCUUGACCAACCUGAUAUCCUCCUGUGACCAGGUGACCCACUUAGUGGGCGAGGGAAACACUGAGGAUGUAGACUGCAUAGACUUUAAUAAAACCUUUGACUCUGUCUCUCAUGAUAUCCUCCUGCAGCUCGUGGCUUGUGCAGGUAAAACUGAAAAGCAAACUCUCACCUUCUCCCUCUACAGUAUCAUCCAAAAUCAGACACAUGCAGAGCUUCUUGUAAUGGCAUUUCCUCUUUCUUCUAGCAGUCAACUCUUCUGUUACCAGAAAUCCCCAGAGCCUUUGGCCUCUCUGGCAGCUCUUCAAUAUGUGCUGCUGGUGCCAACCGUGGUGCGGAGCAACUCUCCACAGACUGCUUGUGUGCAAUUUCAGAGUCUCAGUGAGCCUCUGUCUCUGAGUGUUGUUCUGGAAUACAGCAAUGUACAGACAACUCUCUUUGAGGAGUUUGUGACAGAAAAUGAUUAUUUCACGUGCUGCGACUUCAAGGUUCCUCCUGCUACAUCUGAUCCCCUGGCAUUCAUAUCCUUCUCUGCCAAAGGCAACACAGUCAACUUAACUGAGAGAAGAUCAGUGGCGAUUGAGAAUGUGCAUAACACUCUCUUCAUCCAGACAGACAAGCCCAUCUACAAACCAGGGCAAAAAGUGAUGUUUCGUGUGGUCACUUUGGAUAGCCAGUUCAGACCUGUUCAGGAGACAUAUCCCCGAAUCAUCAUUAAGGACCCAGAGCAAAAUCAGAUCUUCCAGUGGUUGGAUGUAUCAUCUAUGCAUGGCAUUAUCCAGCUUUCGUUCCCAUUAAUUGAGGAGCCAAUUCUGGGGUCUUAUCAUAUCAUUGUGGAGAAGAAGUCAGGGGAUAAGGAGCAUGAAUACUUCACAGUGGAGGAAUAUGUUCUGCCAAAGUUUGAAGUGACAACCAGCACACCCAGGAGGAUCUCUUUCUUUGAUGAAGAAAUCAGGGUGAAUGUUUGUGCCUUGUACACUUAUGGCCAACCAGUGCAGGGGAUUGCCCGAAUCAAUGUGUGUCAGCAACACUUUUAUAAUCCACGAUGUCAGCAAAGCCAGAAACCAACCUGUGAAGCUGUCACUGGAUUGCUGGAAAACAAUGGUUGUCUCAGCACUGUUGUCUCCACCAAAACUUUUCAGUUGUACCGCAGCUAUUCCAGGAUGUAUGCCAGCUUAAACAUAGAAACAGUCAUCACUGAAAAUGGGACAGGUAUCCAGAUGAAAAACUACGACUAUGUUGCAGUCAGCCAAGAAAAUGACAGAGUGAUGUUCAGGAACAUGGAUCAGUACUACAGGAGGGGAAUUCCUUACUUUGGUGAGAUCACUGUGACAAAUGCAGAUGGCAAGCCUGUUGCCAGUAGGGUUGUCGUGCUGGAGGUCAAUGGAGAAUACCAGGCCAACUAUACCACUGAUGAGAAUGGCACGGCAGUCUUUUCCCUUGACACAUCCAACUUCUUUAAUCCCAGUGUUCAACUUAGAGCCACACAAGCACCAGAUGACUGUGCAGAUUUCUUUAUGUGGAGAAACGAUCAUGAGUCCCAAGCCUUAUUCUUUGUCCAUCGUUUCUACUCACGGACCAACAGCUUUGUGAGAAUUGAGCCAGUGAAGGAGAAACUAAGCUGUGGCCAGCAGAGAAUGGUUAAUAUUCACUAUAUCUUGAAUAGAAAGGGCUACAGAAAUGCCACCCACACAGACUUCUACUAUGUGGUGAUGGCAAAAGGAAAAUUUGUUCUCAGUGGCCAAAAGCAAGUAAGAAUCACUCAUGCUUCCUGGGGCACUUUUGCUAUUACACUGGCUGUUACUGAGAAGCUUGCUCCCAGCGCCAGAUUGUUGCUCUAUACAGUCCAUCCUAAUGGAGAGAUAGUGGCUGACAGCUCUUGGAUACACAGUGAUAUAUGCUUCAAGAACAAGCUCCAGUUUGAGUUCUCUGAGAAGCAGGCUCUCCCAGGCUCUAAAAUCAACAUCCACCUUGAAGCUGCUGCCAACUCCUAUUGUGCCUUGCGAGCUGUAGAUCAGAGUGUCUUCCUUCUUCAGCCUGAGCGAGAGUUAUCUGCUGAGAGUGUGUACUACCGGCUUCAUUUGAGUGAUUUGUAUGGCUAUUAUUACAAUGGACUCAACCUGCAAGACGACCAGCCAGAGGAAUGUACCCCAGUCAAAACCACUUUUUUUGAUGGCUUGUACUAUGAACCUGUCAAUGUCAGCCAUGAUGGUGAUGUUUACAGGAUUUUCAGGGAGAUGGGCCUGAAGGUUUUCACCAACUCUACGCUACGGAAGCCAGUUCUGUGCAAUGAAGACAGGUUGGAUUGGGAAGAUAAUCGUAUCUAUUUGGAACAUGAUGCCAGUGGUGGCAGUGCCUUUGGCAAAGAAUUUUCAAAGAUUACUGCUGCUGGUGUUAUUAACACUGUUCGGAAAUACUUCCCUGAGACCUGGAUUUGGGAUCUGGUUCGCACAGAUUCCACUGGAGAGGCUAAUAUCUUCUACACCAUCCCUGAUACCAUCACAGAAUGGAAAGCCAGUGCUUUCUGUUUGCAGGAUGAUGCUGGGUUUGGCAUCUCCUCACCUGUUUCACUGACAGCAUUUCAACCAUUCUUUGUGGAUCUUGCCUUGCCAUACUCUGUCAUUCGAGGGGAAAGAAUUAAUUUAAUAGCCAACAUCUUCAACUACCUUGACAAGUGCAUCCAGAUCAGUGCCAUACUGGCAGAGUCAAGCGACUACAAGGUGGAAGUCCUCUCACCAGAAGUAAACACAGCAAGGGUGUGUGCCAAUGAAAGAAAAACCUAUAUUUGGGCUGCUAGCCUCCUCAGUCUUGGUGAGGUGAAAUUCACAAUUACUGCUGAAGCCAAACUGAAUACUAAAGCUGCCGAAAAUAGCACACCAGCAGAAGAGGAGACAAUUCGCACAGACACCCUGACUCAAAUGCUGCUUGUUGAGCCUGAAGGUGUUAAAAAAGAAUUGACUCAGAGCUCCCUCAUCUGUACAAAAGGCACAACAAUUUCUGAACCAGUGCUUCUCAGCCUGCCAAGAAAUGUAGUGCAGGGAUCAGCCAGAGUUUAUUUCUCUGUCAUUGGAGACAUUUUGGGUACAGCCUUAAGGAACAUGGAAAACCUCCUCCAUAUGCCUUAUGGCUGUGGAGAACAGAACAUGGCCUUGUUCACACCCAACAUCUAUGUCCUGGAUUAUCUGAAUAAGACUGGGCAGCUGACUGAAGAGAUUAAAGUCAAGAGUAUUUGGUAUUUAACCACAGGGUACCAGAAACAGCUGUCAUACAAACACCAGGAUGGGUCCUACAGCUCCUUUGGGACACGAGACAAGGAAGGAAAUGUAUGGCUUACUGCCUUUGUAUACAAGUCAUUUGCACAAGCAAGACGGUACAUCUACAUUGAUGAAAACGUCCAAUCUCAAACUCUGAUUUGGCUGGCAAGAAAGCAGAAGUCAGAUGGCUGCUUUGAAAAUGCUGAGUCACACUUCAACAAUGCUUUGAAGGGUGGUGAAGAAGGUGAAUACUCACUUACAGCCUACAUUGUGGCAGCAUUGCUGGAGGCUGGACACUCUGUUCAGCAUCCUGUGGUUUGGAGUGGCAUGAACUGUUUGGAGACUGCAUUUAGCAAUGGGGUCCACAACCUGUAUAACUAUGCCCUCUUUGCCUAUGUUUAUGGCUUAGCUGACAAACAGGAAAGAUACCAAUACUUUCUUGAAAAGUUGGACCAAAGAGCUACCAGAAAUGAUGGUUCAGUUUACUGGCAGAGAGAAAAUAAGCCACCAGCAGAACACUUCCCUGCUUUCUAUUCCCGUGCCCCUUCUGCUGAGAUUGAAAUGACCAGCUAUGUGCUUCUGGCUUUGCUCAACAAAGCCAAACUCACACCAGAUGACUUAUCAUAUAUUUCUCGCAUUGUGUACUGGCUUGUGAAACAACAGAACCCAUAUGGUGGUUUCUCCUCCAGCCAGGACACUGUUGUUGCCCUCCAAGCUUUAGCCCAGUAUGGAUACCUCACCUUCUCUAAGGAAAGUAGUAAUACAAUUAAGGUCAACUUCAUGGGAAUCCCCAACAAGGCUUUCCAGGUGAAUGACAACAACCGCUUCUUACUGCAGCAAACUUCCCUACCCAUUGUUCCGGGGAAUUACAGUGUGGAAGUGGAUGGCACUGGCUGUGUCUAUAUGCAGACAACCCUGAGAUACAACAUCCAUUUACCAAAGAAAGCUGCAGGGUUUUUUCUCUCUGUAGAGUCAGCCAAUGUGUCCUGUACAAGCAACUUCCCACCAAAGUUUGACCUUGUCUUCACUGCCAGUUACACAGGAAAUCGUAAUGUCUCCAACAUGGCUAUUGUUGAUGUGAAGAUGCUCUCAGGAUUUAAUCCCGAUAGAUCUUCCCUGAAAAAGCUUCAAUACCAACCUUCUGUUGUGGAUCAUGUAGACAUCAAGAAUGACCACAUCUUCUUCUACCUUCAGAAGCUCUCCCAGAAAGAAGUCAGCUUCUCCUUCAGUGUAGAACAAAGUCUGCCUGUGUCAGAUAUCAAGCCAGCACCGGUACAUAUUUAUGAUUACUACGAAACAGAUGAAUAUGCCUUUGCAGAAUAUAAAACACCUUGCCUCCCACCUUCCAACUGAAAUCAGAUAUGUGCCGAAGUAAUGGGAUAGAA